GUUGUUCCAAACAUGUGUUCUGUUGAUGGGAGCACCACUUCAGCCUUGUUCAGGAGGGAAAUGCUUCCAUGGAUGAUUCAAUCUCCUUUGAUGCCUCAUAUCGCAAUUUUGAUGGCAUCAGCUUCUCAGACAGCAGAGCCAACUUCGCUGAUCGUCAAACCUUCGGAGAUGAUUGCAAUAAAAUCUCAAGUCCUGGGUCUGAUCAAUGACUUUCUCAAACAAGAUUUCACUUUGGUAGGCGGAGAAGCACUCCGCGCUGUGAUCCAUUUAUGGUGGUGGGGCACAACAUCCAGCUUGUGGGCGCAUAUGGCAGGUAUUAAGCAAAUGAUCAAGCUUCGCGGAGGUUUUCAGGCAAUGAAUGAUCCUGUGCUACAGCAAGUCUUUUUGGUCACCGACUUCGAACUUGCUUGUUGCUUCGAGCGAGACUUGUUCCUCAUAGACCCAGCCAUGGCGAAUCAUAUGGACAUUCCCAUUCCUCCGACAUAUCCCGAGUUUCUCAGAAGUCCGCUUCUUGCCUAUCAUGAGACAUUCCGCCAUGAUAGAAUGGUGCUUGGCCUCAGCCCGGAAGCAGCAGAGAUCUUAGAUGAUGUCCGAUUCUUGACGUUGUCCAUAACCUCGCCCUCGGAUACGACCAGUACUCGCAAGAUUCAGAGCACGGCAGCUUGGCUACAUGAAAGAAUUUCUACAUCCCCACCACUCGUCCCCAGUCCCAAUGCUCCUUUUAUCACAGUGACAACUUCAAUGAUCAAUCUCACGGCCCUGCUCUACACUCUCUCAAUCUCAAUGCUUAUCCCGAUCUCUGAGUUGUGGACUACGACCCUACUUCAUGAGUUUUAUACCAAUCUAUACUCCAUUAGCAUGAGCCAAUGGAAGGAAAUCCCGGCUAUUUUUCUUUGGGUCUUGCUUGUCGCAUGUCCGGGGAGUCAAGAAGACCAAAGAGGGAAAUGGUUGAGGAGGAAGAUGGCUGUCGCUGGGAUGCAAGUUGGGAUGGAAGACUUUGGCGUAUCGAUUGGUUGUUUGCGGGCGUUCUGGAGAGUCCAGAGGUGGGUUCAAGAUGAGGGAUCGAAGCAAGAAGCGAGUCAAGACGGCGCUGGUUGAACUAAGUACUAGCACGAAAUGCGAUGCAACUUUGGAGGACAACCGUUUACUCUUAAGUCUCCGAGCUUUCUAUUGUUCCAACAAAUCCGUGGUGACUGAAGAUGCAAAGCCAACGAUCUUUGGGUUACCACCCUCCACACGUCUCCAGCACCAAAUAUACUCAACAAUGCUUCACUCUCAGUUCACGCAUAAAAAUGGUAUUUUACAUGAAACCUGCUGCUGCAAAAUGAAAGGAAAUUCACCCGGCUUCUCAUACCAACACCAUGGAUUAUCUGUCCAGCGUGAGUUAUACCAGAACGUAGGCAACAGGUGCCAGGCUUCAUCCUCUCCAUACUGCCACAUGUUGACAACUACAUAGUCUGGUAACUCGGAAGUCAUACCGAACG